AGUGGGAUGCAGCACUAGUGAGACCUCUGAAGAUAGGCAAUUCGGCCAAUGCCGGCCAUUCUAGUCUUUGUUCCCCAACUUUGACGAGUAUCGAAUCGUGCCGACGCAGUUGCGGGCCAUGUACGGCUCCACAGUGAAGGAUAGGGAUGAAAUAGCAACAUGUAAAACAACAUGUAAAGUGUGAUGACGGACUGUGGUAGGACAUCUUUCAAAAUCGUUGCAAGAUUGAAAACACUACAGCCAGAUCUUCUGGUACACGAUAGCUAUAAUACAUCUCAAGAACCUGUCCCUCACCAAGCAUAUAUCGUACAUGAUGAGUAAAUUCUCAUUGAAGGGCCGUGUUGCCAUUAUUACUGGAGGUGGCAGAGGCUGCGGGCUCGCCUUCGCUACCGGGCUGGCUGAAGCAGGGGCAGACAUAGCAGUUUUCGACGUGAUAGAACCUGUUUCUGGCUACGACAAACUCGCUUCAGAGUAUGGCGUAACCACAAGAGCUUACAAAGUGGAUGUCACGUCGCCCGAAAGCCUCGCAAAAGCUUUCGCAGAUGUCAAGUCGGAUUUUGGCGGCAAGCUCGACAUCGUUGUUGCCUGCGCCGGAGUCAACAAGAACGUCGAGUUUUUGGAUACUACCAACGAAGAAUACGAGAAGCUUUUCGCAGUUAACAGCAAAGGCGUGUUCUUUACGGCUCAGAAUGGAGCAAAGGCCAUGAUCGAAAAUGGCACCAAACAUGGCAGUAUCAUCCUCGUUGCUAGUAUAGCCAGUCAUAUGGCCAUCCGAUCACAGCGCUCAUCCGCAUAUUGUGGAACCAAGGGAUCAGUACGCGCCAUGGUAGCGCCGAUCGCUGCUGAAUUGAACAAAUACGGCAUUCGUGUCAACUCCAUCAGUCCUGGCUAUGUGAGAACUGAGAUGACGGCGCCAUUCCCCCAUUUAUUGGAAAGCUGGAAAGACGAGAUUAUGAACGGUCGCGUGGCCGAACCAGAUGAUAUCAAAGGUGCUUGUGUUUUCUUGGCGAGCGAUGCCAGUAGUUAUUGUACAGGAACAGAUAUUCUAGUCGACGGUGGAGUGACGAAGUGGUAGAACUGUGUUGGAGAUGAGGGUGUUAGGUGCAUAAUUGACAACCGCCAGACUAGUCUAACCUAGUUAAUAUAUUCCCCACAUUUCAAAACAA